AUGGAAGACUUGUCUUCCCCCGUCAGCAUCGCCUCUUCCACUGCAACCGCCCCGUCUUCGGCUUCCAAGGUCACUUACACUACGGCUGGCACCCCGUACAACCCUAGUACUUCUCAGCCACUACAACCACCUGCUAGACGAGGUCGCUCCCUCAAGUGGCCCGCCAGUCUUCCUGCGGCGGGCUUGUCUCUCCUACCCAAAUCCGUCCUCGCAACACUGCCUAUCAAGACUACUCGCUCUUCAUCUCUUCAGCGGUACAGCCCCCAAACACAAUACGACGGACCUUCCAGCCCCUUGACCGAUACCGACCACGGAAGUGUUAAUAUGUCUGCCCAAGUUCCUCGUCUCGGAUCAUCGGCAACACCGUCGCCACUUGCCUCCCUCUUCUCAGAGACUGAACAAGACACGUUCACUGAUGCUGACCCAAGCGACGAGAGCGAUGAUGACCGCGAACUUGGCAUGGACCUGCUGCUGAACAUGACCGUGAAGUCUCUUCAUAAUCUGGCUUCUUACCCAAAUCCGAACCAGAAGAAAGCUCAAAAGGCUCUUCUGCGAGGAAUUAAGCCAGCUCUGGGCUUGAAGUCGGCGACUCGCAGUGAAGAGCCAUGCUACCCACUCAGCGGCUCCCCUAGUCUUCCAAAGGCACUCAAGUACAACACUGACUCGCCUGGCAUAUCACAUCGACCUCGAAGAGAGGCUCGCUGCGGCGAUAGGUCGUCUAGCAUCCAUCCUGUUACAUUGGAUGGUUUUGACCACGCAGUUGGUAGCAAUUCCACCCUCGUUGCCGACAAUCUUGGUUCAGCUACUCGUGUUCUUUCGUCGGGAGCGCCACUACCUCUGACUGCUGGACCGCCCGGCCAACGACAGUACCGCCCAUCUACCUUUGAAUCUACCUUCAAGGCACUACACACUAGUACACCAACUCAAGACUCUAUCCAAGAGGAAGAUGGUGAUGUUCUCGCCAUCAAUCGACAGACUCUACGACAAGCAGGUAUUGGUGCUAUGAGCCUGGAGCAGGACUCACCUUCUCUCAAGACGAUGCCUCCAUUGGUGUCCAAUAGUCCUCUACCUACAUCCACAACUGCCGCAGACUAUACUGAGGACUCAGACAUCGGUAACGAAAGCGCUCGCACUAGCGAAAUUCUAAGCUAUCUGGUACAGGAACCACUGCAGCCCUCAAACGUGACACCCCCAUGGGCCUGGGGGUCGACUGUGGCCUCUGACUGCCGGGCGUCAUCACGAAAGCACACACAGCACUCGUAUGCUCAAGGACCUCGAACCCGGACUGUAAGGGACAUAGAAACACGCAGUGAAGAGGUCAACCGUGCUUGGUACGCAGGAGCUGACUUCCUCUUGGCUUCAUCUGAUGAGAUUGCCAUACAAGUCCAACCACCCAUAGUUAAGGGGGCUUUUGGUGCAAUCGGAGAUGGACGCCCUUCCAAAAAAGGUGAUUAUCACUAUCCGAUGAGUAUCAAUCAUGCCAACCGCAUGGCAGUUGCGGAACAUGCUCGUCCGUUGUUCAACAUGGCACACGCGAACGUCCAGCAGUUCGUCGGGGAGGAGUGGCAGAAGAACAACACCGGCCAUGCCUCAUCAGUUCAGGCUACCAGGUAG